AUGGACCCCGUCCUCGAUGGUCUGAAUUCUGCCCAACGACAGGCAGUGACUUCCCCUGAUCCUGUUUUACAAGUUCUCGCUCCUCCUGGCUCCGGAAAGACAAAGACCUUAACCGCACGUGUCGCGUACCUUCUCUCACACCAUGGAUACUUGCCCCAAGAUGUUAUUUGCUGCACGUUCACCAUUAAAGCGAGUCGUGAGAUGCGCGAGCGUCUCUCAAAGCUGGUUGGAGAACGUGUGCAGUCACGUUUAAUCCUGGGUACAUUUCACUCGAUUUGUCGGCGGUACCUGGUCAAGUAUGGAUACUUGAUUGGUCUGAGGAAGGGGUUUGGGAUUGCCGAUUCGGAUGAUAGUCGAGGAAUUCUUCGGCGGAUCAUCAAACGGUUAAACUCCGCCAUCGAGGUCAAAGCCGCCCAAGGUCGAAUCUCGCGCCACAAAGCCCAUGGACUUGGUCCGGAUGACUUGGUACAGCGGGUGAAAGCCGAGGAGCUGGAACUGGUGGAUAUCUAUCGCCAAUAUGAAGCGGCACUUGCAGCAUCCAACCUUUUGGAUUACGAUGAUCUGCUCGUGAGAUGCGGGCAGCUUCUGAGAGAGCAUCCGGAUUGCGUGUCGAAUGUGCAAGCAGUGCUGGUGGAUGAGUUCCAGGAUACGAAUAUUAUACAAUACGAUCUGAUGAACCUUUUUGCGGCAAAGAAUCGUCGCAUCACUAUUGUCGGGGAUCCCGAUCAGAGCAUUUACGGGUUUCGGUCUGCUGAGAUCCAGAAUCUGAAACGGAUGCAGAAACGAUACUCGAAUACCUCCAUUGUCCUUUUGGAAUCCAACUACCGCUCAUCUGCUGCCAUCUUGAGCUCUGCACAGGAUGUGAUUGAGCAAGAUACUGCGCGUCCUGAUAAAAAACUACAACCGACCCAUUCCCAUGGAACUAUGCCUGUUCUAAGGAAACUUCCAAAUUCCACCGCUGAAGCCCAUUGGAUGGUUCUUGAGAUCAAAAGAUGUAUUGCCAUGACAGGUGGCGUCUUGCGCAUGUCCGAUUUUGCAGUGCUACUGAGAUCUGCCUCACUAUCCACUCGGAUAGAAACAGCAUUUGGGCGCGCCGGUAUCCCAUACAAAAUGGUUGGCGGUCGCAAGUUCUUUGAUCGGACAGAGGUCAAGACGCUGAUCAACUAUAUGAGGGUUGUGAGUCAUAGUGAGGGCACCGACGCGCUUCUUGGUAUCAUCAAUGUUCCACCGCGGAGAAUCGGAGACGAGACGAUCAAACAGUUGACGAACGGUGCGGAAAAAGCCAAUGUCCCUCUGUGGACAUUCAUCAAGGACGUUAUCCAAGGCCGUCGUUCGACCGAGAAGAAGCUGCAAAAGGCAGCAGAGCUGGGACUCUGCUCGCUGAUGAAGCUGAUCGAUGCGUCUAAGCAGAGGCUACAGGAAUGUGAAGAUGCAUCGGCGCCACGGGUGCUCCUCGAGUACAUCACCGAGAGCCUUUCGUUCCAAGAAUAUCUCGUCAGAACCUAUCCACUGGAUGAAGACGGUCGCUGGGCAAACGUCAAGGAGUUGAUGGGUCAAGCUAAUGAAGCUGCACUCUCAAGCGAUGACCCCGGUCAAGAGGAAGACCUCCCUGAAAUUGAAGGGAUUGAACAACAGAAAGUACAUGCAGGAGAAGAGGCCCUCUCCCGCUUCCUAGCAAAUGUUGCCCUUGCUACUGAAGCAGCUACAAAGGAUGAAGGAGACCAGGUGACUGAGAAAGUCACAAUCUCCACCAUCCAUGCUGCUAAAGGUUUAGAAUGGCCCGUUGUUUUCAUCCCGGCCGUAUACAAUGGAAGCAUCCCGCAUUCUCGAGCAGAAGUCCUUGAAGAAGAGAGGCGGUUGCUUUACGUGGCGAUGACUAGAGCUCAGGCUUUGUUGUACCUAAGUCUCCCACUACGACAGCCUCGCAUGGGCGAAGGAGAGGAUUCAUCCACCACUCUGACACCGUUUCUUCCUUCCAAAUUGAUCAAGACUCGCUUUCGCCUCAUGGGCCCUCAGUUGCUGGAAAAUGUUGUGUACGCCAUUGCUGAUAUCCUGCGUCGACCACGCCCUGCCGUUGAAGACAUGUACAAAUCGCUGGGAUCCCUUCCAUCAACACUUGAUGAUCAGUGGACGGCCGAAGGCGAAGAGAAGAACAAGGGCGAGUCCGGAUGGAAGACCUCCCUGGAACCAUCAGGAGAACCUGACCCUAAGAGACGGCGUUCGGACAUGAACCAGUCAACUACCACCACGUACAUGUCAGGUGGACAGAGCAUGGGUAACUCAUCGAAUUUCAUGGUCCCUACCACGCUCAACUCCGGGUUCUCAUCUGCUCGUGACUACAUCACGGCCAACCCGAGUCAGGCAACAAUGGAAACCAAGGCAACAGAAAACGUCCCGGCCAGUCAGGCGAAGAGCAUCAGCCGCAAAGAAGGACUCAGUCAAGCCAGCAUCUCAAACUUCUUCGGCGGGCCAGGGUCCUCCCAGAAAGCGUCCACCACCAGCAUGCCCGCCCAACCUCGAAGAAAUCAGGUGACAUCAAAUCUGGGCUCUACUACCGUUCCGCCUACGUUAUCUUCCCACCGUCUCCAGCCACGGCCAUUGCAGCCUACGCGACCAACCUUGGAACCUGCUGAGCCUAACAAUUACACGUGGCUGGCGGCUCCGUCUAGACCUGUAGUGAAACCUGCCCGGAUGCUGACCCCGAAUGGAAACAACACAGCGGACACAGGGACCAGGGCGGAAGAGGUGAAACAAGAGAGCUCCACCCGCGGAGUCCAUUCAGUGACCUUCCACACGACCACUAUGACCACGGUGCGCCAGCAAGCCCAAGCUCCGGGGCGACGGACACUAGGGAUCCGGCGGAGUAUGAAUGGAUGGGAGGAGCGGAUGAAGCGGGAGGGCGGGGGCUAA